AUGGCGGCUGAAAAAGGCGACCACGAGUCGCGAAGACAUAGAAAAUCGGACUCACAUAGUCAUGAUGGCUCACGAAACGAAGAAGAAGAAGAGCCUGAUUUCAGUGACCCCGAGGAUUUUGUUGAUGACUUAACAAAUGAUGAGGUACUGGUUGAUCUUAUGCGCUCCAAGCCAAAGGAGACUGAUGGUAUUGACAGUGUCAUUGUGGUGGAUAAUGUACCACAGGUUGGAGUGGAGCGACAAGAAAAGCUGAAAAAUGUCAUCAGCAAGUUGUUCACAAAGUUUGGCAAGAUUGUCACUGAAUAUUAUCCAAUGGAGAAUGAAAAAACCAAGGGAUACAUUUUUUUGGAGUACACAUCACCAAUGCAUGCCCUGGAAGCUGUCAAAACUGCAAAUGGUUAUAAAUUAGACAAACAACACACCUUUUGUGUCAACUUGUUCUCAGACUUUGUGAAAUAUGGAGAUUUGUCAGAUGAUUGGGUUCCUCCUACCAGACAACCUUACAAAGACGUGGGUAAUUUGAGAUACUUCCUUCAAGAUCCAGACUGUGUUGACCAAUACAGUGUGAUAUAUGAAGGUGGAGAGCGCACAGCCAUAUUUAAAAACACGUCGAGGGAGCCAACGGUGAUAGAGGAGAGAGCCAGAUGGACAGAGACAUAUGUUCGAUGGUCUCCUCAAGGCAACUUUCUGGCCACUUUCCACAGCAAAGGAAAUGCACUCUGGGGAGGUGAAAAGUUCGACCAGAUAAUGAGGUUUAGUCACACUGGAGUUCAACUUAUUGAUUUUUCACCCUGUGAAAGAUACCUGGUCACCUUCAGUCCAGUACCUAGUAAUCCAGAUGAUCCAACAGCCAUCAUCAUCUGGGACAUCCGAACUGGGCAGAAGAAGCGAGGAUUUAACUGUGAGACACAAUCCACUUGGCCUAUAUUUAAGUGGAGUCAUGAUGGUAGCUAUUUUGCCAGAAUUGGCCGAGAUACAUUAAGUGUAUACGAAACACCAUCCUUUGGUCUGUUGGAAAAGAAAAGUUUGAAGAUUUGUGGAAUUCGAGAUUUCACCUGGUCACCUACUGACAAUAUAAUUGCCUACUGGGUGCCUGAAGAACAGAAUGUACCCGCCCGUGUUACACUUAUCCAAAUACCAAACAGGAAGGAACUGUGUGUGAAAAACUUGUUCAAUGUGGCAGACUGUAAAAUGCACUGGCAGAAAAAUGGUGACUAUCUUUGUGUGAAGGUAGACCGUUACUCCAAAGCCAAGAAAGUAGAUGAAAAAGAUCAGUACAAGUACAGUGGUAUGUAUUACAACUUUGAAUUGUUCCGAAUCCGAGAAAAACAGAUCCCAGUGGAUAAAAUAGAAGUGAAAGAAAAUGUGAUGGCUUUUGCAUGGGAGCCAACUGGAAAUAAGUUUGCAUUUAUCCAUGGGGAGAGUUCAAGGAUAUCAGUGUCAUUCUAUGUGAUACGUACACAUGGAAAAGUAGAACUUCUAAAAACCCUGGAAAGGCGGACAGCCAACCAUUUGUUUUGGAGUCCAACAGGACAGUUUAUAGUGCUAGCGGGAUUGCGCAAUAUGAAUGGAGUCUUGGAGUUUGUGGAUGCAUCUGAUGUGACUGUGAUGGCACAGACAGAACAUUUUAUGGCAACUGAUGUGGAGUGGGACCCUACAGGACGUUAUGUAGUGUCUGCUGUCAGCUGGUGGGGCCAUAAGGUUGACAAUGCCUUUUGGAUCUGGUCGUUUCAAGGCCGCUUGUUACAGAAGCAGCCAUUGGAUAGAUUCUGUCAGUUGCUUUGGAGACCUAGGCCUUCUUCACUCUUGUCCGGUGAAGCAAUCAAGGCCAUCAAGAAGAACAUGAAGAAGUACACCGAGCAGUUUGAGAUGAUUGACAGACUUCGACAAUCCAACGUUUCCUCUGAACUACUAGAGAAGCGUCGUGCGUUGAUGGCAGAAUACGAGAAAUUCCGCGACAUUAAAAUGGAAGAAUAUGAAGAGAUGAGGGAGAGGAGGAUAGAGCUGCGUAAUGGCAUUGAUUCAGAUGAGUGCUAUGAUGAGGAGUAUGAUGAAGAGACAGUUGAAUUUUUGAUAUCUGUCGAGGAGACCAUCAUUGACGAGUAGACGAUUCACUGCCUAGCAACACAUCACUAAAGGGCGUGCCUCUAGACAGACUCAGUCUCAUACAUCUACCACCAGCAGCCAUCUUGAAAACUGGUUCUGACUAGAGGGCAAGCUCUGUAUUGCAUUACUGUGCUGUGAACAUUACCUCUUGUAAUAAUGAACUACCAUUUUAUCUUUGGAGGUACCAAUGUUGAAGAGGAUAACAAUAAUUACCUUACAAAAAGUAGCUACAUUAGUACAAUGAAUGAAUUAUUAAGUUAUUGCAUGACCUGCCACCGGUCACAUUGCAUUAUAGUGCUGCUAUUUCAUGUAGUCCUACUACCAUUGUGUAACUAUAGCUUCUUGUCUCUGUCUUUAUUAUUCGGCCAUUUUUCAGGACAGUUCCCUGUUGCUUACAGGAUAGCUCCAUACCUUUUUAGUCCAUUUUGUUUCUCAAAGGUGCAUUUCCAAGUGCACCAAAUUAUCCUGGGGAUAUCUAGGGGAAAUGGUCAAUCAAAUAAAAUUUUCUUUGUGAUAUUUACAAA